CCUGUCUCUUCGGAAAAUAAACUGAUGCUGUUUACCCUCUUCGAAAAGGAAUCAACCACAACAAGGACAUGCAGAUGGAAGGAGAUGAGUGUGAGUUUCCUUCAGAUCUAUCAGAGCACACACGGUCUCAACGAGGAAGUGUGGCUUCAUCCGUUACCCGCGCCCAAGAUGUUCUUGUUUACUUGGUGAGCGACAGCGCAGUACACUUGUGUGUGGAUAGCGUUGGUUGUGCGACUGUACAGGAACUUGGCCGGAGUGUCCGAGAAGCCCUCAAUGUCCCGGACUCGGCACAAGAUGCUUUUGCUUUCUGGUUGUCUUCCCCUCUGCUUGAGCUGCAGCUUAAGCCAAAGCAUCAGCCCUAUAAACUGUGUCGUCAGUGGCAGGACCUGCUUUACCGCUUCACCGAUGCCUCCGCAGAGGAUAUCUCUCAGGACGAGCCAUGCCUGCAGUACAGGAGGAAUGUUUUUUAUCCCAGGUCCAAAGAACUACAAAUUGAAGAUGAGGGAGUGCUAAGACUGCUAUAUGACGAGGCAAAGGGGAAUAUUCUGGAAGGACGUUAUCCUUGUGAUCCAGAACACUGGUUAAAGUUAGGGGCUCUGUCUUGUGCCAUCGAGCUGGGAGCUGGUCUCGAGGACCAGAAACUACUUACAGUCGUGCGAGAGAAGAAGUUGUCCUCCUUUUUACCCUCUCAUGUGAUGGGUGGAGGAGGGGGCUUCCUGUCCACCCUGAGGGGAAAGGGAAGCCGUCAGGCCGAGCUGGAGCAGAGUUUAGUGAAGGAGUAUCAGACAUUAAGCUCCUCAGCUCAGGACACUCAGGACGUCACCCCUCACCUUCGGCAGUACCUCAGCACCUGCCAUGCCCUGCCAUAUUACGGAUGCGCUUUUUUCACGGGAGCAAUAGAUAAACCAGUCCAAGGGAUUCUUCACAGAGGGAAACGUAAGAAUGUCAGCGUAGGGAUUAGCUUGGACGGAGUCUACGUGAUAGAUCCAAAGGAGAAGCAUGUUCUCCUGGGACUGCGCUUCAGUGAGCUGUCCUGGGACCACACGUACCCUGAUGAGGAGGAGGAUUCUCACAUACUAUGGUUGGAGUUUGACGGAGAAGAGGCUGGCACGCCUGUGAAUAAAUUACUGAAAAUCUACUCCAAACAGGCCGAGCUGAUGAGCGGUCUAAUUGAGUUUUGCGUGGAGCUGCGGUCUGUGGGUGAAGCAGCAGCCACGGGCACGGAUGGAGAGGUCACACCAUCCCAGCCACCUGCGGGCCAGGUGGCAAGCGGUGAGAAAAGCAAGGCUUCACGGCAGGCCAAACUGCGCAGGCAGAGCAGCGUGGUGUGCAGUCGAGUACAUUCCCUCAACACCAUCAGCUACGUGGAUGACGGCAAAGAGAUAAAACGUCUGAAGCCAAAGAGAGCUGCUUCCUUCUUCACCCGUCAGGCGACAGUGCCCACGUAUUCAGCCGUGCAGGUGGCCGAGAGUUUAGAGCAAGGGUGAGGCCCUGGACGAAAUGAUGCCCUGUUUUGUUUUUUUUUUUCCCCCUUUUGUUCAGAGACCAAAACGACUACGCCUGCCUAUCAAAACACACUAGACAAGCAGGAAAAAGAAACAAUCUGGAUAGACAGAAUUGGGACCAAGGCUUGGAACAUGAACUAGAGGAAAUAUUUAUG